UAAUCUAUAUAAACACACACACAUAUAUAAAUUUACAUAUUUCAAUUGUAUUUAUAUUUACAUGUACUUCUAUGUUUUCAUAUGUCGAUUUUGUAUAUUUUUAUAUACACACACACACACAUACACACGCACAUAUAUAUGUAUAUAUGUAUGUAUGUGUGUGUGUGUAUCUCUAUAUAUCUGUACCUAUGCAUCUACAUAUAUAUAUGAAUAGCUGCCAGGGAAGGCGGGUAGCACGGGGCUGUCAGCCAUCGGCCGAUGCCAGCGACCCCCGGGAGCCCGGCAGAGGGAACGCCGGGCGUUUAGUGGGGCGGCGGGCCACCCCGCCGCUCCCGAGUCGCGGAGCCCUGGUGGGGACGUGUCCAGCUUUCCAAGCGAUCGGUGCGCAGGUGCUUCUCAACCCCCAGCUCCGGUGAGAUGCUCUCGGACCUGGGGAGGGGAAUUGCCCUGCCAUUCCCUGCCUCCUGCUUUCUUUCCGGCCCAUCUGCAGCACUUUAUCUCCACACGCCUGGCUCGAAUUAAUUUUUUUUCUCCCCUAGUUGCUAUUUUAUUUUUUUUAAUAUUUCCCACCUCACGGGAGCCCGUUUGCUUUCUUCUGUAGCUCCCGCUCCCCAAAAUAGCGUUAUCUGAAGGGAAAGCCGCCUUUUGAUUAUCCCCGUCUCCCCUUUUCUGAUCUUCCACCCACCCUUUGCCCCUACGCCUCCCUCUGUUUGAUUCCAAACCUUUGGUUGGUGUUUUAGUGUCAUUAGGAGAUUAACAUCCCUGGAGCACCAGGGGAGGAGGAGUAGGAGGAGGAGGGUGGAAGGGAAAGCGAGACUGCAGGCAGGAAGGUUGGCACGUUAACGCGAGUGAGACUCUCCUCCCGCCGUCCCAACCACCCCCGGCUCCUGGGUGGCAGCGAAGGGGGCGGCUGCCGUUGCGGGUUGUGGAGGGCGGCUAGCGGGUGCUCCCGGGACCCGCGUCCGCGGAGCGGCGGGGACUGCCGGUGGGCGAGUGGCCGCGGCUCCUGCGCGCAGCCCCCUCUCUUCUAUGAGCGGCGAAGUGGCAAAGCGGCAGCGGGGGACACCUGGAGGAUCAUUUCUUCCCCGGGUUUAUGAAUGGCACUGACAUGGAGGAAAUACCGUUUCAGAAAGUCGAGACCAAGAGGAAGAAAUGCUGCCACUGCUGCUGCUCCCUGCCGGCUGCCGCGGCGUCAGGAGCGGGAGCCGGGUUAGGGGACCCCCCUCCCUUGCUGCUGCUGGAUGCCAUCACCUGCGAGGACGAGUUUGACUGCAAGGAGCUGGAGGCUCUCUUCCAGAGUUACAACCUGAAGCUAGAGCAGACGUCCACCCUCAAGGCACUGGCCGUCCUCAUCGUGCUCACCGCCAGCCUAGCCCUGGUGGAGCUGCUCUCCGGCCCCAGCCUGACCAUCUCCAAAGGUUCGCACCCGGUGCACUGCAUCAUCUUCCUCUCCCUUUUCAUCGUCACCAAUGUCAAGUACCUGCAGGUCACCCAGCUGCAGCAGAUCGUCAAGCUCACUUUGCUCUUCAGCUUCACCUUCUCCUUCCUCUGCUGCCCCUUCUCUCUCGGAGCCUACGGCAUGGAGCCGCCCAGCGCCCCCGAGCAGGGCAUGUGGCAGCUCAUGCUGGUAACCUUCGUUUCCUACUCGCUGCUUCCCGUCCGGACGCUGCUGGCCAUCGUCUUCGGGCUGGUGGUGUCCGUCUCCCACCUCAUCGUCACCGCCACUUCCGUCAGUGCCAAGCGGCAGAGGCUCUGGAGGACGCUUGUGGCCAAUGCAAUCCUUUUUGUCAGUGUAAAUUUGUAUGGGGUCUUUGUGAGGAUUUUGACAGAAAGGGCUCAGAGGAAGGCAUUCCUUCAGGCCAGGAACUGCAUUGAGGACAGGCUGAGACUGGAGGAUGAAAAUGAAAAACAGGAACGUCUCUUGAUGAGCCUUUUGCCCAGGAAUGUUGCAAUGGAAAUGAAGGAAGACUUCCUGAAGCCUCCUGAAAGGAUUUUCCACAAGAUUUACAUUCAAAGGCAUGACAAUGUUAGUAUUUUAUUUGCAGACAUUGUGGGGUUCACUAGUUUGGCAUCACAGUGUACUGCCCAAGAGCUAGUGAAGCUGCUGAAUGAGCUUUUUGGAAAAUUUGAUGAAUUAGCUACAGAAAAUCAUUGCAGAAGAAUAAAAAUCCUAGGGGACUGUUACUACUGUGUAUCAGGAUUGACCCAGCCCAAAACAGAUCAUGCCCAUUGCUGUGUUGAAAUGGGACUGGAUAUGAUUGACACCAUCACAUCUGUUGCAGAAGCCACAGAAGUUGAUCUGAACAUGAGAGUUGGAUUGCAUACAGGCAGGGUGCUUUGUGGGGUCCUGGGUCUCCGAAAAUGGCAAUAUGAUGUCUGGUCAAAUGAUGUGACAUUAGCUAAUGUAAUGGAAGCUGGAGGACUACCUGGGAAAGUUCACAUUACAAAGACCACCUUAGAGUGCCUAAAUGGGGACUACGAGGUAGAACCAGGAUAUGGUCAUGAAAGGAAUAGUUUUUUGAAGAAGCAUAAUAUUGAAACAUAUUUCAUUGUGCCAUCCCAUCGUAGGAAGAUAUUUCCUGGACUGAUUCUCUCAGACAUUAAGCCUGCCAAAAGAAUGAAGUUCAAGACAGUCUGCUAUCUGCUUGUUCAGCUCAUGCAUUGUCGCAAGAUGUUCAAAGCAGAGAUCCCUUUCUCCAACGUCAUGACGUGUGAGGAUGAUGAUAAGAGGAGAGCAUUAAGGACAGCCUCUGAAAAACUCAGGAAUCGCUCCUCUUUCUCUAACAAUACUGUAUACAACACUCCGGGAACUCGAGUGAACAGAUACAUCAGCCGCUUGAUAGAGGCCCGGCAAACUGAGUCUGAGAUGGCUGACUUUAAUUUCAUUACCCUGAAGUAUAAGCAAAUUGAGCGUGAAAAUAAAUACCACCAGCUUCAGGAUGAGUACUUCACCAGUGCUGUAGUUCUCUCACUAAUUCUAGCUGCCUUAUUUGGCCUUGUCUACCUUCUAAUAAUACCACAGAGUACCGUAGUUCUUGUUCUCCUGGUGUUCUGCAUAUGCUUCCUAGUGGCUUGUAUUAUGUACCUACAUGUCACACGAGUACAAUGUUUUCCAGGGUGCCUGACAAUACAAAUUCGUACCAUUUUGUGUAUUUUUAUUGUGAUCUUAAUAUACUCUGUGGCUCAAGGCUGUGUGGUUGGCUGCAUGCCUUGGGUUUGGAAUACCAAUUCCAGCAGCUCAAUAAUUAUAAUUUCUCCCGGUGGAAUAAAUAAAACAAUGAAUGAACUUCCAUGUGACACAGCCCACUAUGCUUUCCUUUCCUGUGUAGUGGGGACUCUCACCUUGGCAAUAUUUCUACGUGUAUCUUCCUUGCCAAAAAUUAUUCUCCUGGUUUUUGUUACAAUUUUGUACAUAGUUAUUCUGGAACUCAGUGGUUACAGAAAAGCAGUGGGGGGCGGCUCCUUUUACAUGCAUGGCUGUGAACCAAUACUAGCUAUUUUGCUAUUUUCUUGUGCUUUAGCACUGCAUUCAAGACAGGUGGACUUGAAACUGCGUCUGGACUACCUCUGGGCAGUGCAGGCAGAAGAAGAGAGAGAUGAUAUGGAGAGAGUCAAGCUGGAUAAUAAAAGAAUUCUUUUCAACCUGUUGCCAGCCCACGUUGCACAGCAUUUUCUUAUGUCUAAUCCAAGAAAUAUGGACCUUUAUUACCAGUCAUAUUCACAAGUGGGAGUGAUGUUUGCUUCCAUCCCAAAUUUCAAUGAUUUCUAUAUCGAAUUGGAUGGCAAUAACAUGGGAGUGGAAUGUUUACGCCUGUUGAAUGAAAUUAUUGCUGAUUUUGAUGAGCUUAUGGACAAAGAAUAUUAUAAGGAUAUCGAAAAGAUCAAGACAAUUGGAAGUACUUAUAUGGCAGCUGUGGGACUCGUACCUACUUCAGGAACUAAGGCUAAAAAAUCAAUUUAUUCCCAUCUGAGUACACUGGCAGAUUUUGCAGUAGAGAUGUUUGACGUUCUUGAUGAAAUCAACUAUCAGUCUUACAAUGACUUUGUCCUACGAGUUGGUAUUAAUGUUGGGCCGGUAGUGGCAGGAGUCAUUGGAGCCAGAAGACCACAGUAUGAUAUCUGGGGGAACACUGUGAAUGUUGCCAGUCGGAUGGAUAGUACUGGAGUGCAGGGAAAGAUUCAGGUGACAGAAGAAGUUCAGCGGAUAUUAAAAAGAUGCAGUUAUGAGUUUGUGUGCAGGGGUAAAGUUAGUGUAAAGGGAAAAGGUGAAAUGUUGACCUAUUUCCUGGAAGGAAAGGCUGAUGGAAAUAAUUCCCAAACACAGUCAUUAAACUUAGAGCGGAAAAUGUACCCUUAUGGGAGAGCAAACAUUCAGACAAAAUUGGGCACCAGCUGUCCAUCGGUGCCUUCAGUUGCUAGUUUUACUGUAAAACCUGGUCUUGGAGCAGGUCAGGCAUCAGCCACUCACACAAACCAAACACUGCAUUAUCUUCCUUCUGUGCCAGCUGUGAAGGAGUCAUAGAACAAAGGAGAUUUGGUUGUGCCACUUGCAGUGAACUUGGAGAGCAAUGGUUGCCUGAAUUUUUACUAAAAAGUCAGAAGUCAUAGGCCAUGUCAUUAACCAAGGACCACUACAAGCCAGCCAAAGAGAACUUGGGGACUGUGUAAUGAAUUCUUGGGAUGGAACAUAUAAGGGCUAGCAAUUCUGUUAUGAAAAGUCAAAAUGGGAUUUUCUGGAAAUUAGGCAUAUUUUCUUUGCAUUUUUAAACUGUAAAUGAAAAAAUAGAUAAAUGUGCAAGCAAUUAUUUAUGAGUGUGUGUAUAUAUGUGUUUUAAUCCAUAUAUGUACACAUACAAAUAGUUCUGUGUAGACUUAAUAGAGAUUUAUAGAGAUGAACACAAAAAUGUGUAUUUAUUUACACAUUCAACUGCAGAGACAUAGCAAAGAGAUUUCUCUUUCUGUCAUAGCCAGAAUUGUUGGGCCUGGGAUUAGCAAAGCUGCAUUAACCAUGGAAUGUGGAAUGCCUGGAGACUCUCCAGGGCUACACCAAGGCUUUGAGAAACUGUGCUCCCAGUCUAUGAAUUAAUGCAAUGAGAACAGUGUUUAUUGUGCUGUCCAUGGCAGAUUAAUGAAGACUGGAUUUAGCUAAUUACAGAACCUUACAUUUUUUUUAAGUUCUCCUUGCAUGCUUCAAAAACUUCCAAAAACUUUCAAUCAAACCAUUACACUAAGAUAUAAAGUAGAUAAAUCACAGAGCUUAAAAUUUAGGUGAAAGAACAAUAUAUAUUCUUUCCAUUAAAAAAAAUAAAAGAGUGGUAAAGCAUAGAAUUUGUUGCCUCUUUGUAGGUCAUUUGACUCUGACCAAGACAGAGGAGCCACCCUGCAAGCACAGCAAUAUGCUUCUGCAAUAUAGAAACAUUCCUGUAUGUACAGUGCUGAUUUUACUGAGGAGAAUAAGGAUGGUAUUAUUUCAGGCUUUUAGAAAUAGCACAAGUCCUGUGGCUUAAGUCCAGGAUUUACCAUUCUAAACAGCUCAAGGAACAGUCUUGUACUGGUGGCAAACAUGCUGCUGCUAGUUUUGUGACAUUUGUAUGAUUGCCAACAUAGUUUUAUAUAUUAACUGAUUUUUAAAUUUAUGCCACAGUUUUAUUAUACCUUGAUUUUAUCCAGACUCACUCUUCAAAGCUGUACAAUUACAGAAAGCUAUAAUUCUGAGAAACAAGCAUAGUCAAACUUUGCCAAAUGAGGAGCACUGGUAAAUGUGCCAGGAGAGUGAGGCCUACUCUUAAUCUGCAUAAAAAGGAAAGUAUUGUGGCUGCUUUUUUCUCUACUGCUGCCCACAUCAUAUUGUUUAUAGUUUCUUACUGAAGUGAUGAUCCAGAUGUGAAAUGUGGAGUGCAACUCCAUAGUCAAGGUGGGAGCAGUUGAAGGUCAUCCUGCUGAGGGACAUGUACUCCACGGACAAGUGCCAUAGUGUCCUGAUGGGGAUUCACAGGCUAACUAACCUCGGCUGCUUUCCAAAAGAGAAGUAAAACUUUACAUUGUUUAAAAACAUGCAAAACUUCCUGUUAACAAGCAAAACAAUCUACCCUCUCCCCGCCCUGCAAAAAAAAAAACAAAAAAAAAAAAAAAAAAAAAAAAAAAAACCACAAGAUCAAAAAACCAACAAAAACAACCCACAAAACUAAAAAUCUCACUCCAGAAUGCAGAAGUUGUACAGAUUGUACAAUAGAGAAUUUUCAUGUACUAGGUUUCACACUUCCGUUUGGUGGGCCUAUUUUGUUACAGAUUUCAGUGGAAAGAAGGUUCUGAGUCUCCUCUUAUCAGCUUUUGCUUUGGAGCAGUAAUUUUUUGCGUUAAAAGUAUAUGACAGCACUAUGUCAGUAGAUGCAAAUAGUUAAAGAAAUGUUGCAGGAAUUUCUGUUCUCCACUCAGGAUACUGUGGGACUCCAGUGUUUUUCAGCAGAGUUUUAAAUUAAUUUUUAUGCACCCUGACUGCUGGGUGCUUCAUUACAAAGCUGGCAAAGUUAGUCUUAUGAUUAAAGUGACUAUAAAAACCUGAGACCUGCUUCUUAAAUGUACUGUACAGGUAAUAUGCACUCUGAUUGAGCUGAAGAAAGUCACUGCAUUCCUUUAUCUCCCUAGGAGCUACCCAGUUCACAGAUAUUCUUCUAGAAUAAUUUAUUUCUGGUUUUGAGACUUUCAAAUAAUUUUAAAAAUAUACAUGUAGAGAAUACAGAUUAAAAAACCCAAAUAUUUACAUAAAUAAACUGAGUAAGUGGUAUUCACGUAAAGCACACUGCACAGUUAUGUUCUCUAACAGAUUUAUAAGAACUAAAUAAUCACAUGGGUAAGUUAAAUAUUUAACCAAGCUGGAAAGCAUUAUGUGCAAUAGCAUUAAUCACUCAGUUCCUCUCUCAGAGAGCCCAUGCUAUACCAUUUUUGAAUUCGGUGAAUUUGGUAUAAUUAAUAAUGAAAUAAAAGCAUAAUAAUGAUAAUAAUGAAAUAAAAGCAUCUUCUGAUCCUAGAAGUAGAUCUGGUAUUAUGUGAACACAUCGACCAAACACACCCAUUGGCCCACCCAAAAGCUUUCAGUGAAAUUACUUAUUUGUUAUUCUUUUUGUUAGGCUCAAGAAAUAGGCAUCUCGCCAUUGAUUCUUUGAUCUUUUGCUAAGUAGACAGCACAAAUGAAUUGUCCCCUCUGCUGAUAUUUUUGUGACUGUUCUCUUUCCCAGACCCAUUCCCAGUCUGGUAAUAUCAGUGGGAGAUCAUGUAGCAGGUAAAUUUAGAUUAUUCAUGUUA